AUGGAGAAACUCCCCGUAGAGAUCCUCUGCGAGAUUAUUGACUAUCUCACCCCACACGAGCGGGUACAACUUCAGUCCGUCUCGAGGCGGCUAUUCUCCGUGGCCCGGGAUAACAACCUCUGGAGACUCCACUGCUUCGAAGAGUCAUGGAGCGCUUCCGGAGCCUUGCGUUCCGCUACCAACAAGACCUCCGAGAGCCUACUCACCAACUCCACGGCUUCCCUCAGCUCAUUAGGCCAAACUUCGCUUCGAUCGCUGAUACAGCCAGGCGCGUCUGUUGGGCUAAGAGAUGGUAAAACAAGCGGCUUGGAUCAAACGCCGUCUUAUGGGCAAAGAUCCAGAGCGGCGGCGUCGUGGGACCCGUCUUACGAAGGGGAGGAGGUGAACUGGUACUCGGAGUACAUUGCUCGAAAUGGCCCCAUUUCACUUAGUUGGAUGCAGCAACCCUUCACCAGGGUAUCACAGGGUGGGAAAAGGGAAUACCGAGAGGUCAAAGGAAUGGGACUGCUCCGGGAUUGGAGUACUGCUCGACAGAACAAAGUCGUUGCGCCCCUUGAUGACGGUAGUGUCUGCAUUUGGGAUCUCAAUCACUCGCAUUCGAUUGGAUCCCAGAGCACCAAGGGUAAGGUUCUUGGAGUCAGCUCGCCGGGAAUAUUGAUGGCCAACCGGUUUGGCAGACGAGACAACUCUGGAGCAAAGCAAGCCUUGGAAUUCGUGAAUCUGGGAGAAUGUGUGAGCGUAGACUCUAUGCGUCGGAGGGCCUACCUGGCUGUCGGGAAUAUUCUAAACGAGGUAGAUCUCGAAAGUCUCACUGUUAUUUCCCAACAACGCUUCCCUUGGUCCGUUUUUGCCUUGUCCCAGGAGACGGAUUAUUCUGUACCGUUGACGGUGGCUACCACUUUGAGUCUUCACAUCUACGAUGGCAGAAUGUCAGCGACGGAGGAGCAGGAGGCUAUCACUCUACGUUGUGAGGAGCCGACCGUCUCGCUGGUCCCUAAAUCUGAGAUCUAUUCUCCGCCCGAUUCACCACUUUUGCAGCUACAACCGAACGGACAACCCCCGCACCGGAUACGAAGCCCUGAUCUCUCAAAGAACAGUGACAACUAUGCACCCUUAUUCCAGCCAGGACCUCUCUCGCUUCUACACCCUCCCGCACCGCACGUGAACUCGAUCUUCCUCGCUGGUCGUUUCCCAAGCAUCUUGCAGUAUGACCGUCGCUUUUUCCCACGGCUUCAGAACACAAUUCAUUCUGGUGGUCAACUCUGCGGACUUGCUGCUGUUCCGGCGCCGCGAUUCCCUGUCUCUCCCAACUCUGAAUUUCCCGCGUCCCACAAAUUGGUGGCCUGCGGUGACUACAAAGGGCGGGGUUCUCUUGAGCUCUACAAUCUCACUCCCUCCAACACCAACGCCAAGAGCGAUCCAUCGGGCUGCUCGUCCAACCUGUCUACAGUAUACCAAAAUCGGCAGAGUGUCGCUAGAUCCAAGGUGCUCUCAGUCGAAUCACACGGGACCCGUAUCGUCUACUCCGAUGCAGACGGAAAUAUCAAAUGGGUUGAGCGUGAUGGACGUUCCGAAGUUCGGCGCCUGAACAUUAAUUCAUACCAACCGCAGCGAAGAUACUACCCACAGCGCAAUGGGGAAACGUCCACUCAUUUGGGAAGCAACGCUGAUACCAACGGUGAAGAGGAAGAACAGACAUUCGGAUUAUGGGGUAGCCUAUCGCGGUCUCGCAGCGAGGGUGAAGUUGCUCGAAAGAUUCUCCCAACCGGCGGCAGCUUGACAGGUGAUGAACUACUUGUCUGGACAGGGGAACACAUCGGACGCGUCCAUUUCUCUAACCUCCCGGACAUGGGUCCAGAUUCGGACGAAGAAGAUGAUGCUGUAACUCUCGAUGGAAAUAUCGGGGAAACGGAGCGUGAAGAGCGACGGAAUAAACGGCGGGAGCUACGUCGGCGGGAAGAUGAAUAUGCCACGAUGAUGCGCAGGGCACUGGAGAGGCAGGCCGACGAAGUGAGACGGAUGGGGGGACUGGGGCUGUGA